AUGAAGCUAUUAUUUAUAAUAUUAUCAACUGUCAUCGCAUAUUCAAAUGUUCAGGCGUCGACGUAUAAAAUCACAGAUCAAGUUUAUUUCGACAUUAUGAUUGACGAUUAUCCUAUUGGUAGAAUAGUAAUUGGUUUAUUUGGGGAUGCUGCGCCAAAGACUGUGAAAAACUUCUUGACAAUUGCGACGGAAGGAAUCAAUGGACGAACUUAUGCAGGUUCAAAGUUCCACCGUGUCAUCAAGAAAUUUAUGAUACAAGGUGGUGAUAUUGAUAAAGGUGAUGGUUCAGGAUCAAUAAGUAUCUACGGAAAGUACUUCGAUGAUGAAGACUCUGGUUACAAUCAUAUUGGACCAGGAUUCAUCAGCAUGGCUAAUGCAGGAAAAAAUACAAACGGUUGCCAAUUUUUCAUCACAACUGUUGCUACACCCUGGCUUGAUGGCAUACAUACUGUUUUUGGAAAGGUAAUUAAAGGUCAAGACGUACUUUUUAAAAUCGAACAAACGAAAACGGACGUGAAUGACGCACCAAUAUCACCAGUUGUCAUUCUCAAGAGUGGAAAACUUCCAACAACUACGCCGUUUUUCAUCUCUGAAGAUCCCUACGAUGCCUGGGCAUGGAUCAAAGCGACUUUCAUUCCACUAUCAUUUAGUUUUUCAAUACUUGGAUUCUUUCAUUGGGUAAUGAAACAAUUAGAUUCCAGCUGUUUAAAAUUACAAGAAACAGAAAAAUUAUUCAAGCAAGAUUAA